GUUAUUUGGUGACUCUGCACGUCCUGCGGCUGGGAUCAGCUGACUUCAGUGUGGUGGGACCAGGCCACCCUCUCCGUGUCGCCGUGGGGCGGUACAUUGUGCUGCCAUGUCACUUGUCCCCCGGCAUGGAUGCUCGGAGCUUGGACAUCAGGUGGAUCCGGCAUCAUGUCUCUGAAACGGUGCACCACUACCGAAAUGGAGAGGACCUGUACGGGGACCAGAUGGAGGAAUAUGUUGGGAGGACAGAGUUGGUCAGGGAUGGUCUCCCCAGUGGACGCCUGGACUUGCGAAUCUCUGGGUUGAGACCCUCUGACGAUGGUUAUUACGUCUGCACUGCGACAGAUGGUGCCUCUUAUAGACAAGCUAUGGUGGAUCUGGAGGUGUCAGCCACAGGCUCUGUCCCUCAGCUCUCCCUGGAAGCUUACGAGGACGGAGGCAUCCGGGUGGUGUGUCAAUCGGCCGGCUGGUACCCACAACCGGAGGUGCUGUGGAAAGAUCCUGAUGGGCAGCGUCUCCCCUCGGUCUCCCAGAGACAUUCCUCGGAUGAGAGGGGCCUGUUUGACAUCGAAGGCGUCAUCGUUGUGACCGCUGGGAACAGAGAUGGGAAAUGGUCCUGCGUGGUCAGGAACAGCCGCCUCAACCAGGAGCAGGAGACGUCCCUGCACAUCUCAGCUCCCUUUUUCCACAAUGCCCAUCCCUGGAUGGUUGGUGUGGGGGUGCUCCUCGUGCUUUCAGCUGUGUUCCUUGGCCUCGGUGCUUAUCUGUGGAGAAGGAAAGUGGUGCAGUCCCGAGAGCUGGAGAAAAGAGAUGUAAAAGUUGGGGAACAAGCUGCACUGCUGGAGGAACGAGAUGCAGCACUGAAGGAACGUGAUGCAGAACUGGGGGAACAAGCUGCACUGCUGGAGGAACGAGAUGCAGCACUGAAGGAACGUGAUGCAGAACUGGGUGAGUCUCCAUGAGCUCUAGCACGGUG